AUGUCUCAUAAAUAUUACAGUAUAAGUACAAAAGUCUCUAGUUAGGAUAAUGUAAAAAUUAUUAGAAUAUAAUCGAACAAAAAUCAUAAAUCUCAUAAUAAUUUAAUUAAUCCGAAUAAGAUUGAACCAGAAACUUUGAGUCAUUAGAAUAAUCAAUUGAAAACUUAAAUUAACUCUUUAUAGGAUGAAGUCUAAGUUUGGAAAUUAAAAUAUCAAUAACUUUAAGUAUUGAUUGAUUUAAGAAUAGAGAGACUCGGCCCAAAAUCUUAUGUUUGAUAAUAGCAAAACAUUUUUAAUUUCUCUAAAACAAUAACUGAAAAAGUUAGAAUCAGAUUUAAGUGAUAAAAUUAAAUAAAUAGAAGAAUAUAAAAAGAUGAUUAAUGUUACUAAAUAUUAAGAAAUGCACGUAAGAUUGAUUUUAUGAUCUUAGGCUGAAUUAAUGAAUUACUAAUAAUAAGCACUUUUAUAUGAAUUGCAGAUAAAAGAUUUAAAAGAAUAAUUAUAAGAAAAUUAAACAUUUAGAAUAGAAGAUCUAUAUUUGAAACAAGAAAAGAUAAUUUAGAAAAUAACAAAAAAAAAUCAUGAUCUUAAAUUAGAGAAUACAAAUAUGAAAACAGAAAGAUAUUUUUUAACUGGAUAAAUUGAAUCCUUGAAAACUUAAUUGAUAAUAAAAGACAAAGAAAUUAGACGAUUAAUUUCUGUAUAAAAAUAAUUAGAGGAGAACUAAUAAUUUUAAACUACAAUCACUAAAACAAGAUAAUAAAUCUUUAGAGAAUCUGUUGAGAAUGCUUAAUUAUAAGAAUAGUUGAAAAAUUUGGAAUUACGUUAUUCAUCUGAUAUUUAAGAUAAAGAUUAAGAAAUAAAUGAUUUGAAAUAAUAAUUGUUUGAAUAAGGAGAAUUAAAAAAAUAAUUAGAAAGAUAUUAAUAAAUUUCUUAUGAAUAAAAGAUUUCAAUGCUUGAAUUUUAAAAAAUAGAUUCUAGACAGGAUUCAACUAGAAAAUUAAAAAUAUCUUUAAAUAAUUCAGGAAUAUCUUAAUAAUAAUAAAAUUAUUCUGUUUUAAGAUAAUCUAGUUAACAAUAUAAAUAGAGUAUACAAUAGGAUUUAUCUAAAAUUUAGAAUACUGAGUUUACAAAAUAUUGUAAUGAAAUAGAAGAGAGUGAUAAAUAAAUUUAAUAAAGCAAUAUAAAAUAAAAAAAGAUAAUUAGAGUAAAUUAAUAUGAUGUGGCCCAUUUUGGUUUGGAAAUAAGAUUUAAAUUGUUAAGUAAAGAAGUUUCAAUUUAAGAUAUUGAAAUGCUAUUUGAAAAAUAUGAAUAAUAAAUAAAAAUUCAUGAAUUAUUAGAUUUUUUACUUUAGGAACCUUUUAAAAUUUAGAGUUAUGAAUAGAGAAAGUUGAUUGCAAGAUAUUUAGUAGAAGAUAAUAAUGAAGAUUAUGUUGUAUAUGAUGCUUUAAGAAGUAAUGAUGUUUCAAUUGUACUAAGUGUUUUCAAGCAAUUAAUUGGAAAAUAUGAAUUAUUUACAAAAAGAGAGAUAAAUACUAUAGAGAAUGAAUUAAAAUUAAUUUUCGAAAAAUCACAAUUUUCAAUUAAUGAUGCAAUUUAAUAGUUAACUUUGAAGAAGAAGCAUUUAAAACCUGGUUAAUGUGAAAAAGUAGAUUAUGAAUAAGCUAUCAAAUUUUCAGAAAUAAAUCUGUCUCCAAGAUAAUUGGAAUAUAUUUAUUUUUUAAAUUAUACAUUUUUCUAGGAUUUGUGCAUAAUCUACUAUCAAAAUGUGAUGACAUAUUUUAAUAAAUCAAAAUGA